UGCUUCUAUGAUGAUGCCUGCAUCGUGAACCUUCACAACGAAAGCUGUGACGAGGUUCGAGCGAAAGACAGAGGGCUACCAAGAAGCCAUUCGGUUGAUGGUAGCCAGAUUGCCAGUAUCCCCAGGCUGAAGGUCAUGAUGAAGAUACUAGUAUUGAUUGAACGAAUCGAAUCAUUCUCUCAUUCAAUCGAACAAUCCAGCUGUUCCAGAGUGUCCUCAAGAUGUUGUAUCUUUUGUAAGUGCUUUGUGAUAUGACAGGAAAAGCCUUCAACCCAGUGUUCUCGCGCAUUCAUUAAUUCCGCAAGGCAAUUGCAAAUAAAUCCCAGCUUUGGCUUUAUUAUUACCGGCAGGCCUUUCCGUGCCACUCCAGAUCCGUGAAAUCAAGGUUCGCAUCAAUCUCAUUUUUUUGACAGAUUUCUUCCUUCUUGUAGCAAAAGAAAAGAUCCGCAAGUACAUACAUGUACGCCUGCAAAAGGAUCCUGCUCCUACGCAACCAAACCCUGUGGUUCCGCCGCCCCAUUACAUUCAUACAUAUAUCCAAUCCAAACCAUGGCUGCUGCUACCAAGACACCCGAUUCCAGGCCUGGGUUGCCUCCCAAGCAACAAUCCAAGAACAUGUCGGCAACGCAGAUUCUGAAGCAGCGUCCCAGCCGCCUCUCCAUGGAAGGCUACAUUUACAACGCCGACAAGGUGUUGGAGAUUGCCUUGGACCCGACCACUCGUGAGAUCCCGACGGAUUUGGUGGAAAGAUGCAAGGGAGUGGCCAUUCUCAGUAUUUUCCAUAUUGGAGCAUUAAUGACGAUGCACUAUGGCACUGGCGUCGUCAUGGCCAAGAAUCCUCCAGGGGCGGAGACCAAGUGGAGUGCUCCUUCGGCGUGCUUGGUCAAUGGAUACAGCAUGGGCGCUCUCUUGGGAGGUAAAGCCGACAGCACCCUCGUUUUCAUCAUGAAUGACGAGACUAUGAAGGAUUUUGUCCAUCGUCCUCAAACACGAAUGGGUCUGGAUGCCGCCCUAGCCAUUGGUAAGAUGGGCGGAGACAAAACCGUCGGCAUUGACGGCAAGGGCACCAUCUCCUUUGCCUACACCAGUGGAGCCUUUGCGGGCUUGAGUCUUCAGAUGGGAACCUUGGUUCAUCAAGCCAAACAAAACGAAGUCUUUUACAACAAGGAAAAGGUCGAAGCCAAGGAUAUUGUGCUUUCCAACACGGCCGUACAAGUCCCCUCCGAUUGUCAAGUGGGUGACAUGUACAAGAAACUGGACCUCCUCGAACAGGGCAUGACGUGGGUGCCAACCCCAGAGGAUAUGGACCGAUCGUCGCGCUUCCUCGAAGGAGCCCAGUCGUCUUCGCAGAGAUUCACCAAGUCUCAACUGGCUGGGGCUGCCUAAAACCAAAGCUGCCAGAGGCCCGUUCCUUGUCUCUUCUUUUUGGAUUCGAUAGCAUUUGCUAUUGGUGAUGUAUCCCAUUCCCCGAUGGGAAUGAAUCCAUUAUUUGUGUUUGUGGUUUGCUUUGCAUGGUGGAUUUGCGCAAACGGUCUGGAACGUGUUGUUCGCGGAAUAUCCUUUGAAGGAACGCACCGUAGUUUAUAAGUUCUGAUUAGGUUGUUCAAUCUAUCUGUAACAACUGACUAUCUUCCC